AUGCGUCAUUCCGAGUGGAACGGUCAUCAUGCCCGUCCACGUCCCCAUCAUCACAGUAGCAAAACGACACCAUCACUUUCUCCGCCAUCAUCAAUCAGUCCAACACCCGCACCGUCGAUACUUCCAGUUCGGCAUGGUGAGCUUCCCAAAUCCCACUGGACCUACGUUACACAACCGUACGGUGAUGGUGGUGAAUGUUCGAGCAGUAGUGCUGCAACAACUGGUUCGCAACUGCAUCGAGCUGCUGCUGCUAUAGGUGCAACCACAUCAAAACCAAUUAGUAUCCGGCACAACGAUUUGGAUUGUACCACCGGAAGUUCAAGCCUCACAUCCACCGCUACAUUCAGCGACAAUGCACAUCGCCGACUUAUUGGUUUACCAUCAAUCACAACGACAAGUACAUUUUUGGAAAAAAUUUUUUUUCCUUGA